AAAAAAAAAAAAACAUUAGAAACUUUUUGUACAAAUAAUUAAAAAACUUUUAACUACAAAUAUAUAAACAUAUUUGUUAAAUUUCAAAAAUAUAAAAAGAAAAUUUUAUUCCUGUCUUUCCACUCAAAGCUUUUUCUCUGCAUUAAAUUAAUCAAAUUAAUUUUCUCACGAUUUAAAUUAUGAGUACCCUUUUUCACUUUCCAACGUGAAUCUCCACCGCCAUAGGGCACCGCGCAUCUCGCCUAUCGACCGCUGACGCAACUCUCAAGCUGUGUGAUCGAGCACGGCUCAUUUUCCCUUCCACUUACGAUGCGGCCGCCCGUCGCGAACGACAUUCGCACAUACCGAAACUGUUCAGAAAAAGUUGUCGGAUACAUUCAAUCGCACUGAAAGUUUUGCAUGAGUAACGUCAGCAUUCUGAAACUGGCAAAAUGCUGUCGAAUACAUUCAAGUACACUGAAAGUUUAGAGGCUAAUUCGGACUCAUAGAGAUACAUAUCUCAGCUAUGUUGUGAUCUGUGAGUGAAAUAGAAUAACGCGUAGUGAAGUUUUACACGUGGACGACUUCGUAAUGGAGCACAGUCUGAAUGUGCAAGAGGAAGAACUUUUGAUAGACGGCGGAAAAGGUCAACGUGGCAUGGAUUCUCCGUCACUGGACGAGGGGCAAGAGCUGGGGUACUUCAAGGUAUGGCUGCUCAUUUCGCAGCUGUUGGGGGUCAUCUGCAUCGCCCUCGUCUCUGCCUGGUGCGGGCAGUACCUCGGCGGUUUCGCCUGGCAGUCGCAGCCUGCCCUGCAGUUUAACUACCACCCUUUCUUCAUGGUGCUGGGGCUGAUCUUCUGCUACGGAGACGCUCUGCUCGUCUACCGCGUAUUUCGCAACCAGCGCAAACGAACCCUGAAGUUACUGCAUCUGGGUUUACACACAUUAGCCUUCAUAUUCGCCAUUGUAGCCCUGAAAGCUGCGUUUGAUUCCCACAACCUGGCUAAAGUCCCUAUUCCUAACCUCUACUCUGUACAUAGCUGGCUUGGUAUCACUGCUGUUGUCCUCUUUGCCAUGCAGUAUCUGUUUGGAUUCGUGGCUUUUCUAUUUCCUGGAUUGACAAAGAUCUGGCGGGCGAAGUACCUCCCUGUACACGUGUUUUUUGGACUAUUCAUUUUCGUUAUGUGCGUUGCAGCAGCUCUCAUGGGAAUCACGGAAAAACUUAUCUUUAGCCUAAAUAGUACCUACAAGGAGAGACCUACACCAGCUGUAAUUGGGAACCUCUUGGGCUACUGUCUGAUCUUCUUUGCCCUGCUAGUAGUGUACUUGGUGGCCACACCGCAGUUUCGAAGGCGUCUCCUGCCAGAAGAGGUCCAACUGCAACUCGAACAACACUCGCCUCACUAAGGGCCCCCUCGACGAUGAGCGUCACUCCUUGGAGUAUAUGUCCCGGCUUAGUUCUCAUUUGACGUUCCAUUCGAGUGCCUUGCUGAAAGGAUGCUCUGUUUCCUGGAGUCGGGAAAAUGAAAAGCUUGAGGGUUUCGACGGAAGAUAUUGCAGCCGAUUGCUUUCAUUGGUUUACAUGCUAUUCUAUGCUGAGGGAAUAGUUUCGAGUUGAAAUUGCACCAUUUUGUGUUCUUUUUUUAAAUUGUGUGCAAUACUUGUUUAUAAUGUUUUGUGGAUGUUAAUGUGUAUGAACAAGCUUGUGUAGUCUUUGCAAAACUUUUGUCUUAUUUAUUAAAGCUUAGAGUUACAA